AUGAAGGGGCUUGCUCGUGUUGCGUCCGCGUUUGUCGCAGCUGCUGCGUCUAUUCAAUCAUGCCUUGCCCAGACGGCAUACACUGAUUCCAAGACGGGGAUCAAGUUCUCUACGUGGACACAAAAGGGUGGCUAUACAUAUGGUAUUGCGCUUCCAGGUGAUGCUCUGACAAAGGAUGCUACCGAGUAUAUUGGCCUUCUGAGAUGCACGGCCGGAUGGUGCGGUCUAUCCCAUGGAGAAUCGGGGCAGAUGACGGGAGCCUUGUUGCUCGUGGCGUGGCCAUAUCAGGACCAAGUCGUCACAUCCUUUCGAUAUGCAACCGGCUACAACUUGCCUACAGUCUAUUCUGGCGAUGCGAAGCUGACACAGAUCUCCUCCUCCGUCAACGGUACCUCUUUCGAGAUUAUUUACCGAUGCGAGAACUGCUACUCGUGGAAUCAAAACGGUGCGACGGGAUCAGUUUCCAGCAGCAGCGGAUCAUUUGUCCUCGGGUAUGCCCAGGCGCAAGCUGCCGUCGCGAAUCCUAGCUGCCCGGACUCUACCUUUAACCAGCAUGAUGCAUUUGGACAGUAUGGGGGUCAGCUCAGCGGUGCCGCAAACUCGGCCUACGCAUCGUGGGCCGCCCUCGCCACCAAGACCACGAAUGGUGCCUGCGGUAGUGCAACGACAACGACAACGACUACAACGCAACCAACAACACCGCCGACCACUACUUCCGUCCCAACUGCCACGCCUACUUGUGUAGCGCCAUCGUCGGAUACAUAUGACUAUGUUGUCGUAGGUGCCGGCGCCGGAGGCAUCCCUAUUGCGGAUCGACUGAGCGACGCUGGCCACAAGGUCCUCCUCAUCGAAAAGGGCCCGCCAUCUUCAGGUCGUUACAAUGGGACCAUGAAGCCAGGAUGGCUACAAGGCACCAAUUUGACACGAUUUGAUGUUCCCGGACUUUGCAAUCAGAUCUGGGUUGACUCGGCUGGAGUUGCUUGCACUGAUACAGACCAGAUGGCUGGCUGCGUCCUGGGAGGUGGCACUGCUGUCAAUGCUGGACUCUGGUGGAAGCCAAACCCUCUCGACUGGGACGAGAAUUUUCCAGCAGGAUGGCACCACAGCGACGUCAAAUUCGCAGAGGACCGCGCGUUUGCUCGCAUCCCGGGAACCGACAACCCCUCGGCAGAUGGUGUCCUCUACCAGCGCCAGGGCUUCGACGUCCUCUCCGCCGGAUUCAAGCAAGCUGGGUGGAAGGAGGUCAAGCCGAACCAGCAGCCCACGGAGAAGAACCACACGUACGGCCGCACCACGUACAUGUUUGACCAUGGCGAACGAGGCGGACCGCUGGCCACAUAUCUGCAGACUGCGCUCAAGCGGCCAAACUUUGGACUCUACAUGAACACUGCAGUCAAGAGGGUAAUUCGAAACGGUACUCACGCUUCUGGCGUGGAACUCGAGUGCAACGGCGAUGGUGGAUUUGCUGGGACUAUCAACUUGACGCCCAAGACAGGGCGAGUCAUUCUAGCAGCUGGAACCUUUGGCUCAGCUAAACUAUUGCUUCGAAGUGGUAUCGGCCCUGCUGAUCAGCUGGCUAUCGUGGCCAACUCAACCGACGGUCCGACAAUGAUUGCAAAGGACUCGUGGAUCAACUUGCCUGUUGGAUCCAACCUGAUAGAUCAUCUCAACACUGAUGUCUACGUGACCCAUCCCGACGUUGUAUUCUACGACUUUUAUGAGGCGUGGACCACUCCCAACCCGUCAGACAAGGAUCGCUACCUAACCAACCGGACGGGUAUCUUUACCCAAUCUGCACCCAACAUUGGACCAAUGUUCUGGGACCAAGUCACAUCCUCUGAUGGAGGAGUCCGCCAGAUGCAAUAUACAGCUCGCGUUGAGGGUGCAGACAAGACAGACUCGAACAACACCAUGAUCAUGAGCCAGUAUCUAGGCCGAGGUUCCACAUCACGAGGCCGCAUGGCCAUUACUGCGCAGCUCAGCACCGUCGUGGCCGAGCACCCGUUCCUGCGCACGCCCGGCGACAAGGAGGCCGUGCUCAAGAGUCUCGAUAACCUGCGGGCUGCGCUCAGCCCGGUCAAGAAUCUUACGUGGGCGUUGCCCCUCGCGAACCAGACCACGGCCGAUUACGUCGAUUCUCUAGUGGUCACUGCCAAUGCGAGAAGGUCCAAUCACUGGAUGGGUACGGCCAAGAUGGGACUCGACGACGGCCGGGUCAAGAAUGGAACGGCCGUGGUCGACCUCAACACCAAGGUUUACGGAACGGACAACAUCUUUGUGGUGGACGCGUCCAUUUUCCCGGGCAUGUCUACGGGCAAUCCAUCGGCCAUGAUUGUGGCUGCUUCAGAGUACGCCGCCGAGAGGAUACUGAAAUUGAAGGCUUGA